GCUCGGUUAGUAAACCUCGGAAGGUCAGCAGCCACGUCGGGGCUCGUUGGGAGGGCGCAAAGGAAUCGGCAGCUUCCCUGAAACAUGGCCACCGGGGGCUAUCGGGGCAGCGGCGCCGCCACGACCGAUUUCUUGGAGGAAUGGAAGGCUAAGCGGGAGAAGAUGCGGGCCAAACAAGCACCGCCGGCCGGGGUGACUGACGGCAAAGUAGCCACCAAUAUUGCCACCAGCGGCAGUGGCGGCAGCACCGCCACCGCCGCCGAACUUAACAACAAUGGCAGCGGCGGCAUGAAUUGCGUUCCUCUGGCCAGAAACACUCCGAAGGAACCCCAGCCGACAGCCGGAACCAGAGCAGGAGGCGCGGAGCCCCCGGGGAGCAGAACCAGCGCGGCGCCAGCUUCUCCCGAGGAGGAGAAAGUGGCUCCCAAGGGCAAAGGCUCCUCCGGCCCCAGCGCCCGGAAGGGAAAAGGGCAGAUCGAGAAAAGGAAGCUGAGGGAGAAAAGACGCUCGACAGGUGUCGUGAACAUCCCGGCCACCGAGAGUUUGGAUGAAUAUGAUGAUGAUGAAGCAGGACAAAAAGAACGUAAAAGAGAAGAUGCAAUCACACAACAAAAUACAAUACAAAAUGAAUCUACUAUUUCGGAUCCAAAUGCUUCAUAUAUAUUACAGGACACAUCUAGAGCAAUUGGAAACAGAUACAAAAGCACAACACCAGAUGAUGAAGUUUCUAAUAGAUGUUCACGUACAGAUAGGACAGGAUAUAGCAGAUUCAACAGGGAUGCAAAUUCUUCUGGAAACUUUGUCUCAGCUAAUUCUUUGGAAAAGAAGAUUGAUGAUCUUGAAAAGGAUCUAGCAAAGGAGCGACAAGAAAACCUGAGGCUUGUGAGGAUAGCCCAAGACAAAGAAGAGUUGAUUGGAAAAUUAAAGGAGGAAAUUGAUUUAUUAAAUAGGGAUCUAGAUGAUAUAGAAGAUGAAAAUGAGCAAUUAAAGCAGGAAAAUAAGACACUGUUAAAAGUUGUUGGACAGCUGACAAAAUAGAAGACGGAAGCUGCCAAAAUAGAAGAUGGAAGCCUCAGUGAGGAAGGAAAUAUGAAACUACUGAUUUGAAUGUUUAAGGGUCAAGAUUAGGAUAUUUCCUUUGUGGCAAUAUGUCAAAACAAUUGUCUUUAUAUUUAUUAUUAAGGAGCAGGGAGAAAUGAUGAAUGUUUUACAUGAUGCUGUUACUUCUAAGCUCAUUCCCUUGAAUUUCCCAAAGUGAUUCAAAUGAUGCUCAUUGAGAUGCAUUAGGUGUUUCUAUAUAUUUGACCCAGUUAUACUUUUUAAAAAAUUCCUGAUUACAAAGGUCACAGUUAGUCAAUAUGGAGAUUACUUGUAGGGGAGGGGCUUUUUCCUGCUCUAUGAAUAGAAGAAAUAGGAAUAAAAUCUGUUUACACAGGGUCAAAAUAAGUAUUUUCGGAGAUAUUUGUUCUUUGUUUGAACAGGUAUAAAGUGCAUUACUGAUAUAAAACAUUUUACAGAGUGUUACUCUGCAAAAAUCUUGUAUGUUGUGAUUUUAUUUUAUACUUUAUCUGAAGUACUGAUAGUAAUAGAUAGUAUUUUCUGUAUAGAUGCUGUUUGAUGAAAAUGUUUUAUAAAUCAUAAAUAAAUCACCAAUAAUUAUCACAACUAAUAAGUAGUUUUUAGAAAAAUGUGUAUAUUGCAUACUACCACACAGAGCUUAUGUUUCCACAGGAAGAAUUCAGAGGAUGCCAUUUUUUGAAAUUUAUGAAUACUGUGAAGUACUUCAAAUAUUACAAUCACAGUUUAUUGGACUAAGAACAGUCUUUCUGAUUUUAUAUAUUAAAUUACAGUUUUCUGAUCUAGAUACAAUGGGAAUCAUUGCCUAACAAUAGUUUAACAAAUCAUAUAACCUUUGCAUUGGGUUGAGAAAUAUUAGUGUUCUUAGCCAAAUGACUAUAGACAAAAACUGUUCAUUUAAACCAUGCCUGUAUGAAUGGACUUCAUCCAAAAUACAUGUAUUAGGUUAGCAUCAAAAUAAGUAUGAUCUACCAAACUCUUAUAUGAUUCAUAGUGGUUUUUGAAUUGUGAUAAAGUUUUAAUUGAUAUAGUUUACAAAGGAAUUUUAUGAUUGUUCACCCCUCUAAAAGUAUUAUAGAAAACAUCUAGAAUAACACCAAUGCUUUUUAAAUAAAGUAUGUUGCAUGUUCUAUUAUAGUCUAGUGUCAGUUGUCUAUGUCACUGUUGUGCAACAAUUGUCUGUUCUGUAUAAGUUAGAAAACUCCAAAGUUGCAUUUUAGAGAAUAAUUUUUAGCAAGGAAACUUAAAUAUAACAUUUAAGCUUUCAAAAUACCUCCACUGCUUUGUCGGGCAAAUAGGAAAUAGAAAAAAAGUAGAGAAGGAAAAGUAGAAAAAAAUAAUCAGCUCCCCUGAUGUAGAGCUCUGAAAAACUCAAAAUCAGCAUUACCCUUGACUCUGGAUGUUUUUCUUUUGAGCAACACAGCUACCUUUCCUUUUGCUUGAAAAAAUAUAAUUGUGUUUCUAAUGAUCUAGCCUUUUCUGUUUUGAAAUCAGCUAUAUAGCCUUGAAAAAUACUUUGUCAACUGGACCUCUAAAGUAGCACUGGAAUUCAUAGGCAUCCUUAGUUGCUUCCUAAUGCCAAUGUUUAUGUACGAAAAGUGUAUUAAUAUUGCAAAGGCAAUCUCUAUUGAACAAAGUUAAUGUAGUCAACUUUUCCCCCAUGACUCACUAUUUGAGAAUAUGCACUAAUUUGUCCAUACCUUUUUUUCUCUAAUGAUUGCAGUUAUAGAUGCAGCAUACCAAAAAUGCUCUAUUAGUAGAUCACAAUGCUUAGCAACUAUGUAACUACUCAUAAUAGAUUACAUUUUUGUAUUUUUAAAGGCUGUAUAGGUGAUUUAUGACUGUAAUUAGGGUUCAAAUCUUGCCUGUUGAGUGAAGCAGUCAUUAAGUGAGCUGCCACAUGACUGCUUUGUCAAUUACUGCAAUCCCAGUAUCUGUCAAUCCCGGUUGCAGUCAUUAAGCUAGUUGUUAAGUGGAUGGAGCAAAAUCUUUCUGGCAGACACCCCUUUUACUCUCAAAUGUUUCUGUACACUACCAAAGGAUUUCAGCUCCAUUCCAAGCAUUGAGAGGAAAUUAUUUUUGAGACUGCAGGAACAAAGCUGAAAUCUUCACAAUUUCACUAACAUUUCUGCAGUUUUAAAGCAUCGUGUGGUCCUUGACUAGCAACAGCAACUGGGACUGCUAGAAUUGCCAUCCGUAAGCAAUAUGGUCACAUGGUAUCAUACUAUGCAGCUGCGUCGUUUAAUGAUGAUAAUUCUGGUCCUCGUUGCUGUUGUAAUCUGAGAAUUAUCUGUAGCCCAAAUUAAGAUACUCACCAGGAAAAAAACCAGUAAAACAAAGGAGAAUGAGACAAAAUAAAUUCCAAUCCCAGUGUAAAAGUCUUUAAGUGUAUUACUUUGAGAUGUUGGUAAAGAGAAUUGUAAGGAUAUAUGUCCCCAAAUAAAAUGUAUGGUUCAAAAAACUUAUAGCUUCUUUACAGUCUGCAAAAAGUAAUAUAUUCAGCUGAAAAACUACAUUUUAGAUUUUUC